CUUUAAAAAGGAUUUCUGUCAUUCUGCCAGGACGGGCUGUUCAUAUGUAAGUGCCCUAUACUAGUUGGUAGGUAUCUAUAUUAUGUUACCUGUUUCAUGCAUAUAAUCUAAUGUGUAAUUCUUUCAUGUCAGUAUCAAUCCGAACGAUGUUGACGUUAGAAUUAUACUGUGUUUAACACCAAAUUAUACUUAGCUUGUCAAUGAGAGAUUCCUCAGACGGGAAAGAGGUAUUUAGUAUACAUUUAACAAUAUUCUUAAUAAAAGCACGUAAUUCAGCUAGCGCACUUCACUGACAAAUCAAGAAUGGUUUUUUUGAGUGGCGCAGUUCAGUUAUUAAACUCUUCAAUGGCGGUAUAGUCUAUGUUAUACCCUGGCAUAAUAUCAAUGUAUGUAAACAGCAUGGCAUAUGUUCUAUAUAAAUACUGGGAAGGUAAACAUGUCGAGUAAAUUAAAUUGAGCUUAAAAUACAUAGCGCACUUUUCUGACAAUUGGUUAAUAAAGUAUAGUUAUUCGAAAACGACGGUUUAUAAAAUCUGUCAUUUAUUUAAGCCUAUUUUUGAAAGAGAAUAUGGCGCGAUUUAGACAUGACGGGAUUUAUUUUAUACUCGAGAAUCGAGUGACAUCAAGCAUCACCCCCGCCUUCGUGUAAAUAGAAAGCGAUAUGUCAUCUAGCAAGAAUAACCGACCGUGACUAACCGGUCAAAGUUCUGAGAGCAUUAUGAUAUCAUCCUGAUAUUUUCCUCACUAUAACCGCAAACUGAUUAUCUCACGUCAAGGAAAAUUGUGCACAUAAGCUUUAAUAUAUAGCUUUUCGACGAAAGCAAAGAAAGAUAUACUAAGAUAUAAGCAGGCAUACUCGAUAAUUAAGGGUUUAUCUUGACGGACGAGUCGCUUUGCCGCAUUUACACUGACAGAUGAAUCAUAGGGCGAUUCCAAAACUAGCUGCCAGACCGCUGAUAAAACAAUUUGUUAUAGCCCUUCGAAAACAUGAUUUAUAGCCCUUCGAAAUAUAAGCAAGACUGCGCCAAAAGGAUCGGCUAGUCAGUCUUUGCUAAAUCUGGCAUAAACUGAUUUAAUUUCUCAAAGAGAAAACAUUGCAUUCGCGAUGACCUUGGUUGAAAUUAAUUAAAAAAAAAUUACAGCUAUUUUUCGAAUCGAUGUAUCAGACGAGCUGUCAUUAUCUUUUCCCCCCAAGUUCGUCCAGUGCCAGCAAUUUUGAAUUUCGCUUAUUAGCAAUUACAAACUUCAUUGGUAAUUAAGUAAUGUCUUUUCAAAAAAUGCCGUUUAUUAAAUGUAUUGUGCUAAAUAGGUUACAGAUAUUAGCGCAAUAUUUGAAGGGCAAAGCGCAAUAUAGAACUUGACAAGCACGCGUGUGAAUAUUUCGAAAUACAUGUACUUGGGUUUAUCAGUAAAAGAUCAUCGCUCGAGAAUGGAUCAGACGGUUUAUAAACUCUGUUAACUACUUAACUGUUAAUACAAUGAUACAAGCCAUCAAUAGUCGCAGCGCUUGCAAACCGCGCGCAAUAACUGGUGGCUUAUACUGAGGCUGCAGAUUUUCGUAUUCAAUCAGAAAUUACUAACGUGUUGGUUGUGGUCACCCAGCUUGAUCAAUCAUUGGUCGGACCUCAACUCAAGGUCUUAAAAUAAUUCAGGAGAAAGUACUAUCUUUACAUUGACAUCAGUAUAUGGAGGACUUGCGCUUUAGGAAAAUUUUUAAUCUGGGAAUAACAAAGGAUAUUUUCGGAAAGAAGUUAUCAAAAUUAGAAAAACUGCAAAGUUUGGUUGCGAAAUGUCGUAAAAUACGGAAAAUAUAGCCCUGCGAAGUUGGCAAAUUUGUAUACAUUUCUAUUACGUGCGGAAAUUGGUAACUAAUUUAGUUACCAUUUUCCGCACGUAAUACAAAAGUAUACAAAUUUGCCAACUUUGAAGGGCUAUAUUUUCCGUAUUUUACAACAUUUCGCAACCAAACUUUGUAAUAUUACUAAUUCCAAGACACUCUUUCUAGCUGUGAUGAUAGAUUUCGUUGUUCUUACUUAGAUUAAAAUUUAGUCUAAAGCGCAAGUCGUCCAUUCUUAGCCACUUUCGUGUCUUCGAUCUCGGAUAAGGACGUUAAAAUCGUAGGUACCUCGGAUCCCCUAUCGAUUGGGCAAUAUAGCCUGUUGGGAAAUCCGCUUACCAAUGAGCGAGAAAUUCGAUAAAUAAUACGUGAAGAUACACGCCAUUUCAUAUUAUCAAACAUGACUGACUGAAUAUACAGUUACGACCAAAUAAAUAAUAUUUCCAAAUUUUAGGAACAUGCUGGAUACUGCCGAACGCAAAAUAUGUGAAUAUUUCGCGGAGUAAUUUUGAAUGAAAAGUACUUCAUCGCCAAUUAAGCAAUUGUUAUUCUAGUAUCUCUUUGAGAUUUCAGCAACUAAUUUCAUAAUUAUUCGUCACUCAUAGGUGCUGAAAUUCAUAAUUCAGAUCCUCUCUGAGCCCGCUGCUGUGCUGUCAAAAUAACCAGAUCUGGUGAAACUUUGUUACCGCAGGGAGUCUGGUGGCAUUUGACGCGCAUUCGGGGCGAAACGCGGAACUAAGUUGGAACUAAGUAAUUGCCUAGAGGGUUUAACUGAAAGUUGGCAGUAAGAAAAGUUACCUUUCGCGCAUCAAAAGGAAGGAAAACUAAACGAAUUGGAAAAAGAAGCGUGAUUCAGAGUUUGGUAGCGGGAAGGGUGUUUUGUAAAGCGUGCAUUACAAAACAGUUGGUUUGCGUCUUGGUGUGAAAAUCUUGUGAAACACAACCGGAAGAUAAAAUAUUGAUCAAGCGAACGAUAGAGACGGAUUAGCAAGGUUAGUGUUCUUGAUUUCUUAAAUAUGUAUUCUAGUGUGGGCUUAUCUUUUGCGCGGAUCAUAUUCAGUGAAGGCUGUUGUUUUCCAUAUAUAGUUGCACGCAUUCUGUGGCGGUAAAGCGUAUGUGUCGUAUGUGUCAAUCUAACUUUUACAUAAGUAAUAAUUACCUUUCUUUAAAUUAUAUAUGAUUUAUCUGCCUGUUUCAUUAAUAAAGAAGUUUGUUUAGAUUAACUUUUUCGUGCGUAUACAUGUGUAUACUUAAAACGCGCGUCUGGAAAGGAGUUACCAAAAAUCGAAGCACAGAUCCGCUAGCUCUAAGGUCUGCUCAUAAUUUUUCGCUAUUUCAAACCUCAAAAAAAUCCCAGCUGCAGUGCUGCACAGGCUAUAUGGUCUAUACUAAGCCAAAGUAUCAUUGUUGUUUACAGCGCGAUGCAGUGGUCCAUGUGAAAAUCUAUAACCCUGUAUCACUGAAAACGACAUGCAUGAAAAUCAAACUGUAUAGCAAGGCAUCUAUAUAUAUAGGAUUCGAAAUGCAUAUUCGCGAGUACGCGACGCUAUAUUUAGCAUAAAACCGCGCAAUUUUCCAGUCUUUUUCCAAAAGAUAUGUAAGGUAUUAAAUAGAAACUGCUGAACAUGGCUUAAACCUCUGCGACCUAGUUAGUCUAUAUCAGUAUAACUUAUAUGUAAUAUAUCAUUAUGCGUUUUUGUCGAAAAGCGUCUUCGGUUCCUGUUGUGGUGAUACAGUGCAGCCGAAAAAGAAAUGACUCUUAGUGGAUCUCUAGGGAGAACAUUUAGAUCUGAUAGGACUAUAUUCAGUAUAAAUAAAGUCUAUGACUCUGUAUGCCAAUUUUCCUAUAUGGAAAAGCCAAGCGACAUUUGUUCAAAAUGGCAAAGCAAACACGGAAACACAGUAGACAUGCAGAGGUUUGUUCUUUUCAAAAUAGCUCAAGUUGUUUGUAAAUAUUACAGUUUCUCAUAUUUCAAAUAAUCGACAAUCCAAGCUGCGCAGGCCUGCUGCGAUUUUAUACAGCGAAGCCGCAGAGCGCAAUUAGCUCUCUCGACAUAUAUAGGCUAUAUACAUAUGUAUAUUAUAUAUUUGAUCGCUUCUUGCAUCUAGUGCCUGUAUUCUAAAAGCUCACUCACACUCAAUGAGUGGAGGUUCAAUCUGAGCUUCUCUCGAGUGUCAUUGCUGUUUUUGAAUAGCUGGAUAUAUGAGCUUUUAGAAUAUAUAGGCGUAUAUAAGGAUCGAUAUCGUUUAACUAUAUAGUAAAUAGUCUAAAUAGCCCUUUAUAUUUCAAGGACCUUUCCAUAAAAACCCAUCGACAAUCAUAAGUACCAUGCAAUAUCUAUAAUAUAAAUAUUUAAUUCCAUCGCUCUGGUAUGCAUAUAGGAUAUACUUAAUACACAGAAUCAUUUACAUACAGUAGAACCAGAGCGGAAAAUCCUGGUUUUAAGUUCCAGUAUACAUAUUUGGCUGUACAUUUAAAUGCUUUACAUUUUUGACCAAUGAUCGUUGGAUCAACCUUGAAACCAGAUGCACUCAACUGUUUAAAACUUUUAGGUACAAAAUUCAUGGUUCCUAGUUACUUGUCAAGAAAAUUUACUCCAACUUCUAUGACACACGAACAUAAUUUGCGAGACCCUGAUCAUAAACUUUUUGUUCCAAGACCCUUAAUAAGUAACCGAAACCUUAAAGAAAAGCUUUACUUAUAGAGGGGCUAUACUCUAUCCAACGACAUAUACCCGCGUCGAACUCGCUAGACCUCAAUCUCUCGCUCAGUUUAAAUCUAAAAUUGUAUUGCUUUCUAAUUUGCAUAUGUAAUCUGUGACUCUUGUAAGUAUAUUUUGAUAUUUAUUUAUUAUAAAUUAGUUGACUAUGGAUCUCGUGUUUUAUUAAAUAAAAAUAUCAAAACGAAUAAAAUAAAUGAAUCACAAAAAGCCCUUAAGCAUUGCACGAUUUCUAUUUGCGCUAUAUUGUUUUAAAUAGGUCUACGCAUUGUUCAAAACAGCAAGUGUAGAAAAGUAAAUUUUAUUAAUUUAUUGUUUAACGAUGAUGCUCAUGGAGUCCAAUCACAGCAUGCUGUGGCUUACAGAAGUUCCCCUCGCUACAUUUUUAUGACAUAUUGCCUUUUUAGUACGAUAUCACAUCCUUCCAAUGUUGCGAAACUUGAAUAGCUGGAUAAUCCAUACAAGACCAAGUGAUGAUAUAUAUACACUGCAUGUUAACCAUGUUUAUACCUGAUCGCGGGAACGGUUGCGCAAAAUGGAACACCAGGUCCUCUGGCAGAAAUCGAAUCUGUGAUUUCGGCGCAGGGUCGCAUUCUUGGGUUUCACUGGGGCAUUUUGCAGUGAAUCUGACGGGGGGUCAACGUACCUCAAAUGUAUUGAUGUUCAUGCUGUACUGGAGUGAGAAAAUGAUACGAAAUUCCAUGUAUUUGCCACCAAACAGAAGGCAAAUACAUAAAACGAACAAUCGACUCACUCUGAUAACUAUACUAGUGGGUUAUAGUGGGUUUAUUAAUACACGUUCAAUUGCAAAAAGCUAAAAUACAACAUGUUUACAUCGUCAGAUAUUAAUUAGUGUUAAUUAGAAUUAUUACUUAUUUAAAACUAUUUACAUCAAUGGACCUAUAUAUAUAUUAAAAUCGUUUAUAUAUAUAUAUAUAUAUAUAUAUAUAUAUAUAUAUAUAUAUAUAUAUGGAAUUGUAUAAAUAUGUAUAUAAAUCUUACUUAUAUAAUUUAAAAUUAUAUUCAUUAAUAGCAUGAACUACAGGGCUGUUUCUAAAACGUUCAGUAUUGCAAAAAAAGUUAUAAAUCUUUUCGCCAUUUGUCCUAUAGUCUAUCUUUCCCUAAUGUCACUCAGUUUCUUUGGCAAUAGUCCGUGAAGUCUGUGUGAUGGUUGUAACAUGUCCUCAAUUAAGGAGGCACAUAACUGUGUUUUGUUUUAGAGUUGACCCCCCCCCCCGUCGCUUCUUUGACGUCAUAUGAAACCCAAGAAAAAAGAAUGAAUGUUCCUGCAUGUGUAUGUUAUUAACUAUGAUUGUUGAAAAAUGCCUGCAAUUGUAGUAAUGUAUUAUCAUACAACACUGUCAUUUCUGGAGCAAUUAGAUAUGAAUGUUUCAAUUACAAUAAAACCAUUCUAUGCUACAGACCCCUGACCUUACAAUGCAAUUCAAUGGGGGUAAUUUGCGCUAAUAUCCUGUUAUUGGAAGUAAUGUGCAAUAAUAAAUAUAAGCGCCCAUCAGGCAUUCUGCUGCAAAAAUCUCAGCAUAUGUUUCAAAGCAAGAUCCUCAGAUAUCAAUUUUAUGAUUCUCAAAUAUUCUUUCUAUAUUAUGGAUUAAAUGUAACAAAAAUGACGUCAGUUUUUUAUUUAGCAAUUUUUAAAACAGGGUUCGUACUGUCAGGAGUCAAAUUCAAGGACUUUUCAAGGGCAUUCAAGGCCAUGUAUCAGCAGAUUCAAGGGCUAAAUACUGAAUAGAAGGCGUUAGAAAUCAGUAAAAUGUGACGUUCAAUUGUUAAAAAAGGGCACAACUUUAAUGAAUUUCAAACAGCUUUGUCAGAUAUGACAAUGCAAAAUCAUUUCAACAAAUUGUCCGUUGAAUAUCAAAAACAACAACAACGAGGGGUGUAUUACUUAUUAUAAGCCUGUAAAUGCACUGGCUUUCAUUUUAUUUACACUGAAUUCCUCAAAAAUCGUGACAGUUUCAAACAUCGUGAGAGAGCGGCCAAUUUGCUAGGUCCCAUACAUUCGCCUUUCGCCUUGGUGUACAACUGUGUUUUGUCAUGAAUAAUGAUAUUUAAAUUAAUCAGUUUAGAUGUUUACGCCGGUAAGAGGAUGACAGAUUUAAAUUUUUCAUUAAAUUCAAAUUGCUUGCAGUAGAGGGAUGAGUUUUGCAUGUCCAGGAAAUCCGAAAAAUGCUCGUAAAUAGUUACUAAAUAGUAUAUAAAUACUAUAUAUACUCCCCAAUAGCCAAAUAUACAACAGUUUCAAUUUUAAUAACUCAUAAGAGUCCACAAUAGACCUUUCCCCUUAAUGGGCCUUAUAACCAAAAUUUUGAUCUAGGCAAGUCUAGACAAAUAUUUCAUCACAGCUUGAAAGAGCAUCACAAAAUUAGUAAUAUUCCAAAGUUUCGUUGCGAAAUGUUGUAAAAUGAGGAAAAUAGAGCCUUGCGAAGUUUGCAAUUUUCAGUCAUUUUGCAUUACAAACGGGAAAUUGCAGCCCCAACACCCGAAUCGGAUGUCAAUUUCCCGUUUGUAAUACAAAAUGACUGAAAAACGGCAAACUUCGCAAGGCUAUAUUAUCCGCAUUUUACAAGAUUUUGCAACAAAACUUUGGAAUAUUACUAAUUUUGUGAUGCUCUUUCAAGCUGUGAUGAAAUUUUUGUCUAGAUCGAAAUUUUAGUUGUAAGGGGAAAGGUCCAUUCAAGGUCAUAUUUUAACCUUCAUGUGUUUUUUUAAAAAAAUGUUCCCAUACUGUACACAACUAAGUCAAUAGUUAUCAAAUUAGCUGAAAUUAAUGAAAAUCAAGUAUAAUAUUAAAGUGUUAACAUGUAUGAUACAUCUGUAAUGUUAUCUGAGUUAUUUAAAAUCUUGUACCGGUAUUUAUACACAAAUACGUAUGCUAAUUAGUUCAUUAAUAUUCAUUCUAAUUGACUAAUACUACAUCUCCCUUUUUUCCCCUUUUUUUUAGAUAAGUUUAAACUAAUUAAAGUAUUAAAGUUCAAUUUUAUAUAAUCUAACUACUUAUUAAUAUGAUAGUGUUAUUGUCUUAUUAUUCUAGUCCUCUAGUAGUCUACUUUUCCUUGCUUUGAGAGAAAGUUUUACAGUUCUCUUUGGUCUCGAAUGAAUGUUCAGUUCUGGAUUAGAACGUUCUUUAGUUGUUAUUCCGGUUUCUGGAGGUAGAACUUGGUUCUAUAUAUGGAUCAAACACACAAAUAUCCCUGCGCGUAGCUUCCAAACCUCUCCUCAACUUCACCAACUUUAGGCCUCAUAAAAAAUAUACUUGUUUAGCGUCAACCCGUUUCAAUUUUUCCAGGCCGGGCGGGAGGGGUUUUGCCUACACACUAUACUAGCGGGUGUUUCAGAAACAAAAUCCUGGAAAUUCAGCACACCACCUGCGUUCGACCAAUCUUAGAAUAUGGCACUAUGGCUUGGCGCAAUACUUGAGCGACGAGAUCGAGAGUGGUCAACACAGAGCCCUUCGUAUAAUCUUUCCUGAUCUCAACUAUGAAGAUGCGUUGGUACGUGCUGGGGUGGUGUCACUGUUCUUGCAGAGAAAGACCAUUUGCGCGAAACUUUUCGAUCAAAUGUGUGAUGAAACAUCCCAUAAACUCCAUUCUCUCGUUCCCCCAAGACAUAAAACAGGAUAUUCUCUACGUAAUAAUAACUGUCUUUCAAUAUCAAAGCAUAGGACAAGUAGGUUUGCUAAUAGUUUUAUUAUGGCCGGUAGUAAGGCCUACAACUCUAGUUUUAAAUAAUAAUUGUUUAGCUACAUUCUUACCUAGAACUAUCAAAAUUAACAACUUGUAAAUAAGGAGUGUUUGUAGACAUUUUUACUCAUAAGGAUGUAAAGCAGUGUAAUUCAGUUUUUAACUCACUUUCAAAAUUGGUAUCUUUCAAUAAAUUGAUAAAUUGAGAACUAACUUUAAUAUAUAUGAAUAUACUGCAUUUAAAACAGAAACAUUACAACAUGGCGUCCGAAGGGUCAUAUAAACUAAUAACCCGCGAACUAGGAGGGUUUUUGAAAAAUAAAAGUAGAAAGUAUUUGGAGGUCGGGGCUUUUCUCAGGUCGGCCGAGGACGCUAAACAAGUAUUUUUUAUGUGGGCUUUAUAGCAACUAUAUUUAUACUGAAUAGUACUUUCAUGUGCAGCUUACUAAAUAUCGCUCCCCAGAGGUCCAAAAGGACCGCCACUUAAUUUACAAUCGUCUAUAUCAGCACAAAUAAUUUGUCAUCACUAUAACUAUAACUAAGACUACAUUUUACGAAAAUUAAAUGAUAUUACUGAAAUAAUUUCACUAAAUUUUUAUAAGCAGUGAUGACAUAUGUAAGAAUGGCAUCAAUCAAGUGUUUCUCAUAUAUGCGCGACUAAAUCAGUUAAUGCGAUGCGCACGUCGAGGUAAAUUUAGCAUAAUCUGCUGGCAAACAGAGCCGUGAUUACGUCAUCAAAUGGAUAAUUCCUACUCCGCCCUCUAUGGAGAACAGUUUAGAAUUUAGAACUGAUAGAGCUAUCCAUGCAGUAUAAAUAAAGUAAGUUGGCUUAAUUUAGGUUUCCUCCUGUAGUAACACUGGAUCAAUAAGAGGUGAUCCUUAUAUACUCGAGCUCUAAAGUGAACAGUUUAGAACUGAGAGAGCUAUAUUUAAUGAUUGACAUAUUUUACAUUGAGUCGUAAAUGUAAAAACCGCAGUAAAUUCAACAAAACAAAUCGUUGAGAAUGUGUUGGAUGUUUGCCAUGAAGAUACGGUAUCCUUGGUUUCGAACCAAAUGAAAGAAAUGAGAUAGAUCUAUAUAGAUCUGUGUUAUUGUUACGUAAUUUGUAGCAAUUGUUAUUCGUAUAUAGUGAAAAUUUAUUAAGGCAAAAAAAAACAUCACAGCCGACGAGGGCACAACAAAAUUAGUAAAAUUGCAAAGUUUGGUUGAGCUAUAUCUGUAAAGUCAGGAUAUUAAGGCCUUGCAAAUUUGGCAUAUUUUAUAUACUUUUAUAUUGGGGAAAUAUCACGAAUUUGUUAGCAACUCACUUUAGUCACUCGAUUGAAUAAUAAUACCACGUAUAACUAAUUUUAGAGUUGUUUUUGACAUUUUACCUUCUUACUAAUCUUGCAACCGAUGUAAUUCAAUUUUUUUCUGUGUUGGUGUUGUGUACUCAGGUGAAUAUGAUCUUUGUGAUGUUACUCUGAGUGUAUAUCCACACCGGGUGAGCUUGAAAAAUAUGCCUGGCCACGGUGGGAAUCGAACCUACGACCUUUGGAAUACUAGCCCAAUGGCAAUGCUCUGCCAACUGAGCUACGCGGUCGGGACGGUUCGAGUAAGUGAUAUUUCGGAACAGAAUCUAGUUCCUUCGAUACCAAUGUAUCUAGUAAUACGAUUUUUUCUGUGUUGGUGUUGUGUACUCAGGUGAAUAUGAUGUUUGUGAUGUUACUCUGACUGUAUAUCCACACCGGGCGAGCUUGAAAAAUAUGCCCGGCCACGGUGGGAAUUGAACCUACGACCUUUGGAAUACUAGCCCAAUGCUCUGCCAACUGAGCUACAAUUCAGUUUUUGACUGCAAAAUUGGUCUUUUUAAAAAAUCAUAAAUUUUACACUCGAUAUACUUACCAUUUACAAGACCCUUCAACUUUUGUAUUGGAUGUAUACCGGUAGGCAAAUAUUCACUUCCGUAAUAUAAACUGAUGUGCCAACUAAUUUGCAACGUCAUAUUAUACGUCUCCUAAUAUCCUCUAUAGCUAUAAUAUCUUACCAAAAAAUUGGCAAUUUUACUAAUUUUCAAGUGCUCUUUUUAGCUGUGGUGUUCAAUUUUACAUUCUAUUGCGUCACAGGCUGUGUCGUGGUCUACACGUAACAACUUUGGUUCGAAGCCAAGGAUAUUGUAUUUUCAUAUAGCAAAAGACGUCAACGUAACGAUUUGUUUAGUUGAAUUUGUUGCGGUUUGGUGACCACGUUAAUUUAUUUCGCACGCCUAACGCCAUGUAUCUCUUUAGUCAUUUAAUUAAACAUCGCUGACGGAUCAAAGCUUUGUCAAAUAAUUAAACGUGGUGCAUUUACCACAAAAUUAAAUUAAAUUCUAAGUUAUAUUGAUUAAUUAAUCUAAUCUCUCUGCAAAUUUAAUAUGUUUCAGGUAGGCUAUAUUCUAGGCUAUGUACCAGUAUUGGUAUAGCUCUGCAUGUUCCAAUAACGUACUAAUGCAAUUCCAUAUUUCUAGAUCGUAAUUUAUAGACGUAAAUAUAACACGUUCUAAAGCUAAGUGAAAUAUUCUAUUUAGAGAAAAUCCUAUGACGGGCUAUGUUGCUGUUUUAAAAAAAGUAUAGCAUGUUACGUAAAUAUAUAUUGCUGUAUGCAACAGUUGCAUGCCAAGCUUAUAUAUCUCAUGCAUGAGAUAUACAAUCAGAAAUCAGACAAUAUAAAUAAUAAAUAUAAGAACUGUUUCUUGUUUAGUGCAACAAGCAACUUUGUCUAUCAGGCGGAAUUUGUUGCAAAUUUUAAUACCGCCAUGUUUUUUCCGAAACAUCCGUUAUAGUGGCUAAAAUGAAACGGUUACAGAAACGGUUACUAAUUAUUCAUCAGUCCAACAUGUUGGUCCAAUAUUCUCCUACAAGGUUGGAUGUAGCAUUCCUGGAUCUGCACGUUUCAACAAUAUAUAUGUUGCCUUAUUGGAGGAUUUUGCAUGGAUCAGGGUGGUUUGAUUCAAGUAUUCUCUUCAAUAUUUCCGGGCCAACAGUUUUUAGCGGUUUGGAAUGGAAUGACAAAGUGUCAAAACCGUUUUGUAAUUCAAUUAAUUGCCAUGGUUUUAUAUAAUUGACAAUUCAAAGUGCUGCAGAUGACAUGUUCUUUGUCAUUCUCUUCAUUCGAGGGCUCUCCUUGAGCCGUUGUUGUAAACAAGAACCAAAGAAGGUCAGAUUUUAUCUGCUGACUAAGUGUUGCCUUGUGUUAAAUACUGGGAAAAUAUUCAAUAUUCCAUGUGUGUGUGGCAUUCAUUUGCCUGUAGAUGUGUAAUGAGAGUGGUUAGGAAAUAUUAUUGAGACUGAAAAGAAGGAUCUCGAAGAUAUCAUUAAACUAAAGACGGUAUGUUGUGUGCAUUUUCUUUUGUCGGAGUGCUUGCAUGAUUUUAAGACGGCCUGACAAAGUGACUUUCGCUUUUGAACGUCGAAGUCGUUUUUGUAUUUUUCAUAGUUUCAUCACCCACAGAGUUAUAUAUAUAGGAGCACUUAUCUAGAUUCAUGACUCUAUGCUAAGGAAUUAGGAAUUAACUAUCGAGACUGAGAAGAUAAGAGGGACGUUCAGCUUGUUUUUAAUUGAACAUGAAACGACAAACGCUGCAUGCAAGCGAAUAAAUAUUCAACGUUGCAGGGCAAUAUAAGAUAGUGGUAAAAUUGACUAUACUGCAGGUGUUUAAACAGAAAUGUAAAAUUAUUGUUAGGACAUAAAAGAGCAAAUAUGAAAAAAAAACGACUAACUCUGCCAAGAAAAUUCUACCCUCAACCGCGAAGCUUAAAUUCUCUCAAUCAAAUCAUGACUAUAACAUAAUAUAUACAGCGAAUUCAAAAAAGAUUGUCCUUUGCAAACCUUAUAAACACUAAACCUUAAACUCCAAGUGUACAAAGCAUAUAAUGAGAGCAUCAUUUAAUCAGCUUAUAAAUAAUAUAUGCAUGUGGCCCAUUUCUUAGAGACAUGGUAAAUAUCUCGAUCCUCACGAAAACAAUUCAUUCACUACUAAGCUUGAAACUUGUGCUCCCAUUUCGUUUUACGCCCUUGUAUAUAUAGUUUAAGGUUUAAGGUUUAGAGAUAAAGGUUUGCAAAGCCAAGGACAACUAUUGGCUAUGCAUGCGUAUACUAUAUAAGGCCAAUGAAAAUUGAUAUCAUGUUUCUCGUCCCCGCCCGCAUGGGAUUUAUCUGCCGCACGAAAAUUUUUCAUUACUCAUUAUUUUUGAAAAAUAGGCUUAAAAAACACCAAAUUCAUCUCCAGAUUUUGCUGCAUUCCGCAAGCACAACUCAAAUCGUAUCUUUCUAAAGAUAUUACUCGCCAUAUUUUCAUGUCAGCCCUGGUAUGUGUAGAAAUAUGCUGUAGUCUGUAGACUGUAGUGUAGGACGUAUUAAAUUAAAAUGAAUUAUACACCAAUUUUUAAUACUUCAGAUUUUUAUGGGUUUUUGCUGGGUCAAGGAAAUUAUUGACAAGCAGAAUUCAAAUACAAAAAAUAAUGAAAAAUGAAAAAAUCCCGCUACAAAUUUUUGAAAAUUGUGGACGAGAAACAUGAUAUCAAUUUUCAUUGGCCUAAUCGACAGUGCAUACAUGAAUAUGGAUAUAAGGUGAUGACGAUGUACGGCUCCUGAUAUUUAGUAAAUUCAUUUUGCUUGAUAGCUGCGCAGAGCAUUUUUUUAACUACAUAACUAAUGGGGCGCAUUUACCCCAGUUGGCCUUUUGCUUACCCCAUGCAGUAGUGAAGCAAUAUAUUUUCCGAUAAGCCGGGCCCUUUUGAUCAUUAUAAGUAAAAAGUCAUCUUGAAAAAGCUGCUUUCUCAUAUCCUCUCACAUUCUUGACAUUUCAUCUUACAAAAGUCAGGACAGCAUGGUCUUUAUGUACGCGUAACUGUGUGAGGAAAAAGGCGCUCGUUGAGCCCCAGUAGUUGUAAUUUCUUAAAAAAUGCCCUGUCUAAGCCGCGCAUAAUUAUCUAAAGCCAAUAUACGACUGAAAACGAAAUACUCGCAGAAACCGACAUAACAGUUUCGGCAAAACGUCGAGUGGAAACACAGGGGGUCCAACUAACAGCUGUGUUAUGAAUAAAACAUAUUAAUUAAACGUAAUAUGAAUAAAACAUCAUAACGUAAUAUUGCACUUACUUGUAUAAAUCAUAAGAGCUUGCAUUUUAAUACAGUGAAUAGCUUCAAAAACUUGCUUCGUUCCAAAGACUUCAAAUAUGGCGAAUAAAUUGACAAAACGAUAAUAUUACAUGACGUUCCAACGAAAAUAACAGAAAGGAUUGCGAGCGGAAAGGCGAGGAAAGAAAUAAAUAGAAGGGAUGAAACAAAUAUCACGUGACUUUUUAAAAUGCUUCUAGACUAUCCGUUUAAGCUUUUUGUGGGGUUUUUAAGGCUCAGUCGAUGUUCUCUUACAUGAACAAGCCUAGUCAUUACCAAAAAAGCACUGAUCAAUCUAAUUUAUGUGAUUUAUAACAGCGAGCAUUCUUGGCCAUUAUCGCGAGAUGUGUUCCAUAAGUAGCCUGUUCUCGUGACGUAUGACGAAAUAAUAAUAAAACUAAAUAAUGUAAAAAAAAACGUUGGUCGCUACAUUUAAACAUUUCAUAUUAGCCGGUAUAGCUAAACAUUGUUUAUUUUCAUUAAUUAAGCGCGUAGGCGUUGUUGGAGUUGGCAGGAGGCGUUUUGGAAUUUUCCGAGAGAACAGGCUACUUAUGGAACACAUCACACGAUCGCAUUACCGGUGUUUCAUCCCUUCUAUUAAUAUCUAUUACCCUCGCCUUCCGCUCGCGCCCGCAAUCCUUUCUGUUAUUUUCGUUGGAACGUCAUGUAAUAUUAUCGUUUUGUCAAUUUAUUUGCCAUAUUUGAAGUCUUUGGAACGAAGCAAGUUUUUGAAGCUAUUCACUGUAUUAAAAUGCAAGCUCUUAUGAUUUAUACAAGUAAGUGCAAUAUUACGUUAUGAUGUUUUAUUCAUAUUACGUUUAUGUUUUAUUCAUAACACAGCUGUUAGUUGGACCCCCUGUGGUGGAAAGUCAAUUCUCCAACGAUCUGGGACUGUUCGCAGACGCCGACAAAAAGCGGAUGCUUUGAAGACUGUGACACUCAAGAAAAUCGAUAGAAUAUAAGUCUAGGACACGUUAUUCACUAUAAAUUAUGUUGUUCAAAGCUGUAUAUUUAUAGCGCUAACCUUACCCUCGGUCAAAAUUUAACCUGCUGCUUUAGUUUUAUUUCUACACGUCUGUUUAUUUCAAAACUUCAGAGAAGAAAACGCCUACUGAUCCAGACAAGAUUUCCGAAGAAAUAUUUCAAAAUUUAUAAACAAGCUUUUCGGAAGUUUAUAGUUGGAGGUAUAUCGAGUGGAAAUUCGAUACAGCUAAUUCAAGCCUGAAACUUGUACUCCCAUUAACUUAAGCUAAUCGGCUUUGGAGCAAUCGACCCCUGCUUGAAGACUGGUUUGCAUCAUAUCGAAAUUUCAUUAACACUUUCUUUCAUCUACUGCAUGCAUCGACAUAUCGAUACAUACCUUGAUAAAAUCUAACAAGAUAAUAUCUUGUUAGAUUUUAUCAAGGUAUGUAUCGAUAUGUCGAUGCAUGCAGUAGAUGAAAGAAAGUGUUAAUGAAAUUUCGAUAUGAUGCAAACCAGUCUUCAAUAUACAGCAAGGAAUCGAUCAGUGCAAAUUAUGGUUGCGGUUCAUUUGAACAGGUCUGGAAAAGUUGCUGCAUUACCAACGCAUCUAUAUAUGCAUUGAGUACAAUGCAAUAUACCUUUCCCCUUUUAAGUGAGAUUUUGAUCUAGACAAGUCUGGACAAAAAUUUCAUUACAGCUCGAAAGAGCAUCGCAAAACAGUUAGUAAUAUUCCAAAGUUUCGUUGCAAAAUGUUGUAAAAUGCGGAUAAUAUAGCCUUGCGAAAUUUGCCGUUUUUCAGUCAUUUUGAUUACAAAUGGGAAAUUGAUAAUGAGAUGGUCAAACUGAUUAUCAAUUUCCCGUUUGUAAUGCAAAAUGACUGAAAAACGGCAAACUUCGCAAGGCUAUAUAUUAUCCGCAUUUUACAACAUUUCGCAACGAAACUUCGGAAUAUUACUAAUUUUGUGAUACUCUUUCAAGCUGUAAUGAAAUUUUUGUCCAGGCUAGUCUAGAUCAAAAUUUCACUUAAAAGGGGAAAGGUCUAUUAAUCAUGCAGCUGAUCAAUGCUAAAUACUAAUUGUCAGUAUAUCGAGUCAACGGAUUGGUAGCGAUUUAAGUGCACGAAAUAUUUUCGUGACGACUUAACGCUUGUCUUAGAGGACGCGCAGUGUUUCAAUUCUAUUUCAGAAGUUCUGAAAUCAGAACCAUCCUCACUCACCUCAGAGAUGCGAGUUCAAAUCCCGCUCGAGCCAACGAAUUUUUCGUUGGUCUAUUGCAGUGUCAGAAUAAUAUGAAACUAUAGUUUUUCGUAUGUCUGAGGAUGGUUCUGAAAUAGAAUUGAAAUACUGCGCGUCCUCUAUAAAGGCAAGCGUUAAGUCACGAAAAUAUUUUGUCAGUAUAGGAAAUAGGAAUAAGAAGCCGAUUUUGAACGACAUAACUUAUAUAUUUUGCAAUUUGAAAAAGCCAUGAUUUGAGCAAGAUUUGAAAAUUAUUUUACAUGGAGGAAGGUUGAUUUAUAGUUCUAUAUAUGCUGCAUCUCUGAUAAAAAAAUCUAACCAAUAACCAUGCAUGCAGACAAUUAACAAAUUGUCGGCAAUUUCCUGUGAACAAUUGUAUCUCGAGCAUUGCGGUUUAACGCAGGCAAUCAUAUCGGAGUAACGACUAUUGAAAGUUCUGUCAUAACAAAGUUCUGUUUUUUGUCUCGCAAAAUGUCGGCGCUUAAAUAUUAGAAAUAUUAAAUUCUCCGUGUUGGUCUAGCAAAUGGCAAUUCAAAAGUUGCAAAUUAUUUCGUAAUUAAGCUUGUUAACAGCUAAAUCGAGGCACAGGAAUUGUAUUUUUACCGGCUUAUAAUUCAUGGCACAUGCAUCAUGUCUGUAAUGCAUGCUGUCGCAAUAAAUUAUCUGAUCAAAAUUUAUCCAACUAUAUAUAAAUUAGUGUAUUGAAUGAUAUAGCCAUUGUGCUUUAAUCAUGAUUGUGUUGGGAGAUAUAAGAAAAUUACACGGUGUUAAUUAAGAUACACUAUAGUUUCACCAUUCCAGUGAUAUUUUUUAUUGUGGUUCACUGUUUUGGCCACAAUGGGGGAGCUUAGAGCAAUCUUAAUUUAUAAUAUGGCUGUGUUACUAUUACCAUAUAAUCCAUAUAUACAUGUUAUUGAAAUGGUUUUAGCUUUGUUAAGUUAGUUACUUUCAUGUAUAAGCAGUAAUUAAAAUGCAAUUAUAGCUAUAUAGUUAUGCAUGUCAAAACAGAAAUUACAGCAUGGCUUUACUAAAGCUACAAGGAAAUAAUUACAGAUGGCUUACGCAGAGUAAUCAACUGUAUAAAUAUGUUAUGUGACGCGCGCUCAAAAUGAUACAAUACAGGUUUACAGAUUUAACCGCAAACGGCAUAUAACUUCAAAUCGCAUUUCAAGGUAAUUAAGUUCUAACAAAUUCUAGACGUGUGCGCAAAUUGCCCUAAUUUAAUUUCGAACAGUUAAUAUAGUUACCCUAAAAAUACGAUUUCAAGUUUGCUGUUAGCGAUCUGCCGCAAAUGUCAAUCUGUAAGACUGUAACUCCCUAUUAGAUCGGUGGUAACUCCUCAGACUCAGUGCCUAUUGUGUCACGCUAUGACUUUAUGUGUUGUGUCACGCUAUGACUUUAAUUAUAUAAUGUUAAACUUAUGUUGUGUUUGAAUGUUUAGCAUGCAAUUUAUUACAAAUUUCACCAUUGAAACUUUGUUUUGAGAAGCGGAGAUUAUUUUUUAAAUGUGUUCUCAGAAUGCAGGAAAUGCUAUUUCAGAGACCCAAAUUUUAAACAUUUCCUAAGCAGUCGUGCCUUUGGUACUCUGCUCACACCUUCGGUGAUCGCAUACUAUUCUGGGGGGAGAGAAUGGGCCCUUUGGCAGUUUUGCCCCACCACUGAAGAAUCCUUAAAAAAUGCACUGAUACAAUAUAAGGACAUUUCAGGUAGUAUAUGCGCCAUAGAGGAAACGGGUGUUUGUAGGCUAGUUCAGCCUCUUUUUUCAGUCGUAUAUUGCUUUAAGAGAAGAAUAUUUUGUAUAUGUACGUCACACGCGCUCAAAACCAAUGAAUAUACUUUUCCACUUGGAUAUAUUCAAUUUUUAAAUUUUUUAUACGUUUCCCAAGCGGCAAACAAACUUAAAUAGUAUGUUCAGUGCUUUAUCUGUAAAAUAGUGCUAAAAUGAAGAGAUUUUAGAUGGUACGCCAAAGAGAAAAUGAUGUCUGAAGUUCAAUAAGUUUUGCUUAUAUUGCUGUAGAAAUAUGGCGUCAAUUUUACAGCAUCAAUGAUCAUUGUAUUGAAAUUGACAAUAUUUAACUAUUAUUUUGUGUUUCUCAACCGCCAGAUACAUUUAAAAAGGUUGCUAACGGUGUAAACUACAAAAUAAAGCGAAAACAUAGUAAUUUUGAGAGGAACGCUAAAACGAUUUUGAAUAGUUGUAUAAUUUUCUAAGUUAAACUGAAGUACUGAACUAUAUCAAUUCCGAAAUUCUGGUAUCGUGUUGUUCAACAAUCAUUUAUACUGUAACUUCGAACCACAACCCUGCAAACAAUAGACAAUUUCCAUUAUAGACUAAUUUAUUUUUUAUCUUUUACCGCCGGAAAGAGCAUUCUAAAAUUAGUAAAAUUGCAAAGUUUGCUUGCAAAAUAUUGUAUAAAAUGCGGAAAAUAUAGCCUUGCAAAAUUUGCAAAUUUUGUAUACUUUUGUAUUGCGUGCGGAAAUUGCUACCAUUUUCGGUCCAAACUCGCACGUAAUACAAAAGAGUAUACAAAAUUUGCGAACUUUGCAAGGCUAUAUUUUCCGCAUGUUACAAUAUUUCGCAACCAUUUAGUCUAUAAUGGGAAUUGUCUAUUGUUGAUUGAUAAAUAUACAGUUGAUGAAACAAUAUAGAACACUGCUUUUGUAUCAUAAUUAUUGCGCACGUUUUUAUCAUUAUUCUUGCAUAAUGUAAUAUUGUCGCAUGUGCUUUGCCAAGAAUAUUGCAACGAUUGUUAUAUGUUGUUUUGAAAACGCCACGUAAGCUUGGGCAAUGUAAAACUUGCAGGGAAUGCUGCAAUAACCAAAAACUUGUUCGAUUUUUGGCUGUGGACGAAAGCGAUGCAGUUUUGUACGUAACACCACCUUUCACAUAUCUAUCUAGUGGUGUCUAGCACCCCCUACAGAAGUCCUGCACCACCCUAAAAAAAUAUGUUUGACCAUACAUUUUUUGCUUUUCGAAUAGCGGAACUUUUAUUAUUGGCGCGUGUCGAUUUCUUUGUGAACUCACGAGAAAAUAGUCAGAAUGCUUUAGUUAAAAUCAUGGUUACAUAUGUAAACAUGUCGAGGUUGUUAUACAGCCAUAUUUUCAAAUAUACUGUACUUUAACAAGCAAAUUUACUGUGCUGUGCUACAGCAACUGUCCAGUCACGCAUACGUGAUAAAAAGCCGAUAUAAACUUUAUAAACAAAAGAUAAUGUAAAGCGUAACAGAACGGCGAACAUGCAGAUUCGGCCAUCUCAAAUAAUGGUAAUGUUGGGAUAGUAGCGUUGCAGACUGCAGAGGAGAGUGGGCAGUAAGGCUCCCUCAUGCACCACCCCAUGGAAAACCUACACCCCUCCUUGCAGAUGAGGCUAGAUCCGCCCCCUGUUAUGCAGUGUAAAUAAAGAUAGUUCACUUCUAAGUAUCAAAAACUCUUUUGUUUUAGGCAGAAGUUUCUUAUAUACAAUUCCUCCACCCUGAUACAGGAUGACCGUGGGAAGCCUGGUAACUACAACUCCUGCUCCCAAGAAUGGAACCCAGGCUCCCGAUAACGUGCGUGAACAGAUCGUGUUUUUCCAAAUCGUAUGCUUAUCAAUCAUAAGUUUGGUUGGAAUAAUCGCCAAUAUUGCGAUCAUCAAAAAACUCAUGCAACGGAAACGAAAAUCGAGCGAGUACUUCAUUCUAAAUUUAGCGAUGACGGACCUUGUCGUAUGCUCAUUGUGCAUACCGCUGGACAUGUAUGACCAACUUCACAACACUUGGCAAUAUGGCGCAUUUCUAUGCAAAAUAAUUUGGCCUUUUCAGACAUUAUUCACGCUCGUCUCCAUCUUAAAUCUAACCGCAAUGGCAAUUGAAAGAUAUCGUGCGAUAAUGUCCCCUUUUAAACAGCGGUUGACUCAUUCUGAUCUACUCAAGGCGAUCGCUUGCGUGUGGUUGUUAGGCUUAUGCGUGAUAGCGCCUUAUAUAUAUUACCUCAAGUUUGAUGGGACGGAAUGUGAAGAACAUUGGCCAUACGAAAUGAGCGGUGCCUACUAUACGCUGUCACUACUUGUGAUAGAUUAUUGCAUUCCUUUGACCAUCAUUACAUAUUGCUACGGAAGAUCUGGGUAUAAACUGUACGUGAACACGAGGGAGUUCGAAGCGGUGAACGCAGGCGUCUCGAAUCACGCGCAACGCACACGUUUGGAGCGCAACACGCGAAUCAUAAAGAUUUUUAGCUUUGCUGUAUUGGUUUUCCUCAUUUGUAUGUUGCCAGGUGAUAUCUACUGGAUGUGGAAAGGAUUUGGAAGUGGUUCAGAGUUUCGCUAUGAAAAACAUUUCAAGACUUUGUCCAAUAUGAUGAUCUAUAGUAACAGUUGUUUCAACCCGUUUAUAUUCGGCGCCUGCAAUUUCGGAUGCUUCAAAGGGCGGUUCUCGUGGUCCUCGCGAAGGAAGUUAAAGAUUCAAAGAUUGGUCAGCGUGAAUAGCUUGUCUGUGGUCAGUAAUGGACGUGGGAAGAAGGAGAAGAACACCUCUAAUGAAACACCGGAGAUUGAUUUUAGCGAACUAGAAACACUUCGAGAAACUGAUAUAUAAAGUGUCAUUCUGGAGGAUGGAAAAGAAUAUAGGUUCAUUGUCGACUUUUGAGUGAUGAGAAGAGUGUCAUUCUGGAGGAUGGAAAAGAGCAUACAUUAAUUGUCGACUUUUGAGUGACCGAGAAGACUGUCAUUCUGGAGGAUGGAAAAUAGUAUGAAUUCAUUGUCAACUUCUGACUGAUGGAAAAGAAGAGAAGCUGAUAUAUAGAGUGUCAUGCAUGCUGGAUUAUGCAAAAUAGUGUGUGUAUUUUGAGUGAGAGAAAAUUUUCAUAUAAACUAAUAUCAUGCGUUCUCGGCGAUGUCAUUUUGGAGGAUGGAAAAUACUACCACUCGUCUACUUUUGAGUGAUGGAAUUCUAAGAUUUUCGUUGUUCCGCUAAAUAUUUACGUACGCGUGCGCAGAUCUCCGUGGUCUGGAGUCAGUCACCGUGCAAAAUGGUCUUGAAAAAGAUUGGUUCCGCUGUUCACAUUUAGUCUAAUUGAGGAGUAAUUGUAUUCCGGUACAAAACGAGUCCUAAUUAUUUUAUUUGGUCUCGAAUUCGUACGGUUAAGGAGAGGUCAUUAUUUCUGGCAGUGGCACCAAAGAAAAAUGUUUUUCUUGCUAAAGAUUUUACUGAUCCAACCAUUAAAAACCCAAAAUAUUUCUUACCCAACCUCAAACAUCAAUUAAAAAUUAAAUACCCACCCCUGGCCAAAACCUUUACAAAAGGAUACCAUUCAGUUGUCACACAUGUCCUUUACCACUUCUGUGACAUGAGUUUGAUAACAGCUUGUGCAAUUUUCUGCAGUCUAAAGUUUCAUGUUGUCUGCACAUGUACUUUCUUUGGAGACACCGCUUGCCUCCUGACAAAUCGGAAAAUGAUCAAGAUAGUGACUCUGAUUUAUUUACAUAUUGUAUUGACGUAUGACUGUUGACAUUGCUUUUUAGUCUUCAAUAUUUAAGUGAGUCAUGCUUUGGAAAUGACAAUAAAUUUUUAUUACCCAACCCUUGAGUUGUUUUGUUUUUCAUUUACCCAACCUUUUACUCACUCAAAAUUUUGUUUACCCAACCCUUUUCUCUUCGGUGCCACCCCCGCCAUAAAUAAUGAC